CUCGGUCUCGCCUAGUCUCGCCGUCGUGCGUGCCGCAGGGUGGAGGGAUAGUCAGGGACAGUGCGAUUCCUGGAGUGAGAAAGAUCAGUCGCGCUCUUCGCCGAUCUCUCGGUGGUUUAUGCGUGGUUGCAGUCAGGACGCGGUACUGUAUGCGGUACUGCUGUGAACGAUUCAGUUUCGCACGAAAGCCUGCUCGCCGGUGGAUCUUAAAUGUGUCAGUAUGGAUCAGAAUCAAACGAUCGGAAUGGAUAUGGACCAGUUCUGCGGUACCAAGUUCUGGGAUGCUAAUCUAACAUGGUACACGAACGACCCAGAUCUAACAGAAUGCUUCCAAAAGACGAUAUUAGUAUGGGUACCAUGUAUAUUUUUAUGGACGUUCUCAGCGAUGGAAGCGUAUUACCUAUUAAAUAGCAAAAGAAGAAACGUCCCCUACACGUGGUUAUUUAUUUUUAAGCAAGUACUUACAAUAGGAUUAAUUUUACUUUCCAUAGUUGACUUAGGAAUGGCGAUACAUGAAAGUACUUUUCGUAUGGUCUACAGUGUUGAUUAUUACACACCUAUAGUAAAAAUUGUUAGCUUUACGUUAGCAUCAACUUUGAUGCAAUAUAACAGAAAACAUGGAAUGCGGACGUCAGGUCUUUUAUUCCUAUUUUGGUUUUUCCUUGCGAUAUGUGGAUGCGUCCAAUAUAGAAACUUUGUAAACAAAUUUAUUAAAGGGGCAGAGCCGACAUACUCACUGGUGUCUUACAUGAUCUACUAUCCAAUAAUAGUGAUAUUAUUUGUACUUAAUUUUCUGGUCGAUGCAGAGCCUAAAUUUUCUGAAUAUCCUACGGUUGAAUCGCCAUGUCCAGAGCAAAGUUCUUCUUUUCCUUCGAGAAUUAUUUUCGCGUGGUUUGAUUCGUUAGCAUGGAAAGGUUUCCGAAAACCACUCGAGACGUCCGAUCUGUGGUCUAUGAAUCCAGAGGAUAUGGCUACGGAGAUUGUGCCAAAAUUUGACAAAUAUUGGAAUAAAAAUUUGAGAAAAACAGACGAAGUAGAAAGUGUAAAAGCAUCAUAUCGACAAACAUCUGGACAAGUGAAUUUUACCAGUAAUCAGAAAAAGAAAAUCGCCUCCAUCUUACCGCCUAUCUGCAAAGCUUUCGGAGCAACAUUCAUGUUUGGUGCAUUUUUAAAAUUAAUUCAAGAUGUUAUGACCUUUAUUAGUCCACAAAUAUUGAAACUUCUGAUUGGUUUUAUCGAAGGAGAUGAGCCAAUGUGGAAAGGAUAUUUUUAUUCUAUCUUACUUUUACUGACAGCAAUGCUUCAAACGCUAGUACUAUCCCAAUAUUUUCAUCGCAUGUUCUUGGUCGGGUUGCGUAUACGAACCGCGUUAAUCGCGGCAAUUUAUCGUAAAGCAUUGAGAAUGUCGAACGCGGCGAGAAAAGAGUCCACACUCGGCGAGAUAGUGAAUUUAAUGUCCGUAGACGCUCAAAGAUUCAUGGAUCUAACUGCGUACAUAAAUAUGAUCUGGUCGGCACCUCUGCAAAUAGUUCUAGCUUUAUAUUUUCUCUGGAACAUACUGGGGCCAGCUGUAUUGGCAGGUUUAGCAGUUAUGAUUAUUCUUAUUCCUGUGAACGCAUUGAUUGCCAACAAAGUGAAGACGUUACAAAUUAGACAGAUGAAGAGCAAGGACGAGAGGGUAAAAUUAAUGAAUGAAGUACUUAACGGUAUCAAAGUGUUGAAGCUCUAUGCAUGGGAACCUUCAUUCGAGCAGCAGAUACUUAAAAUUAGAGUCAAAGAGAUUCAAGUAUUAAAAGAAGCGGCAUAUCUUAACGCUGGUACGAGCUUUAUAUGGUCAUGCGCGCCCUUUUUGGUAUCUUUGGUAUCUUUUACAACUUACGUACUUAUAGACGAAAAGAACGUCCUAAAUAGUACAAUUGCCUUCGUUUCACUCAGUUUGUUCAACAUCCUAAGAUUUCCACUGUCUAUGCUGCCUAUGAUGAUUACUAAUAUAGUUCAAGCUUACGUCUCUGUAAAACGUAUUAAUAAAUUUAUGAACAUGGAAGAACUGGAUCCUAACAAUGUACAGCAUGAUCCAUCGGAACCACACGCGUUAGUAAUUGACAACGGUACCUUUUGUUGGGAUAGCGAAGAAAUCGAGAGACCAAUACUACGAAAUAUCAAUUUGCAUGUAGAACAAGGUCAAUUAGUAGCAAUAGUUGGUACAGUGGGAUCAGGCAAGAGUUCUCUUCUAUCUGCUCUACUUGGUGAGAUGGAUAAAAUAAGCGGAAAAGUAAAUACAAAAGGAUCAAUUGCAUAUGUCUCGCAACAAGCGUGGAUACAAAAUGCCACAUUGCAGGACAACAUUCUGUUCGGAAAGGCCUUGAACAAAUCAGUAUAUAAUAGUGUGAUUGAAGCGUGUGCGUUGACUCCAGAUUUUAAGAUGCUGCCCGCGGGAGAUCAAACAGAGAUCGGAGAGAAAGGCAUAAAUUUGUCCGGCGGUCAAAAGCAAAGAGUAGCCUUAGCUAGAGCUGUAUAUAACGAUUCCGAAAAUUAUUUCUUAGACGAUCCUCUAAGCGCGGUAGAUUCACACGUAGGAAAACACAUUUUUGAGAAAGUGUUAGGUCCGAACGGCCUGUUGAAGAAUAAAACUAGAAUACUCGUUACUCACAGCAUCACGUACCUGCCGGAAGUCGACAACAUUAUUGUUCUUAAAGAUGGCGAAAUAACGGAGAGUGGAACCUACAAACAAUUGCUGGAGAAGAAAGGUGCUUUCGCCGAGUUCUUAGUGCAACACUUACAAGAAGUUGGAAAUCUGCACGUUGAUGACGGUUCUGAAGCAGAUUUACGUGAAAUCAAACAGCAACUUGAAUCAACAAUGGGAGCGGACGAGUUGCAGCAAAAGUUAACUCGAGUACGGUCUAGAAUAUCUGAGAGUCUAAGUGAAUCCGGUUCUGUGACCGAUAGAAAAUCACUUAAUGGUUCUCUGACAAGGCAAUACUCGACAGAAAGUCAACAGUCAGCGAAUUACGUACAUAGCAAUAGUGUUAGUGUAUCAAAAGAGAAAGAUGCACCGAAGCCUAACAAUAUCGGGGAGAAGCUGACAGAAAUCGAGAAGACCGAAACUGGAAGCGUAAAAUGGAAAGUGUACUCUCACUACUUGAAAUCCAUUGGAUGGUUCCUAUCGAUAUCGACAAUCGUGAUGAACGCGGUCUUUCAAUCGUUCAGCAUCGGCUCGAGCGUUUGGCUCAGUAUAUGGUCGAACGAUAAUCAGGCAGUUGGAAACAACACAUUCGAUACAGCAAAGCGAGACAUGUAUCUCGGGGUUUAUGGUGCGCUCGGUUUUGGUCAAGCGGUGGCGAGCUUUUUCUGCGAUUUGGCACCGCAGCUGGGUUGUUGGUUGGCUGCUCGCCAGAUGCACAUAGUGAUGCUGCGUGCUGUGAUGCGUGCCCCAUUGACCUUCUUUGAUACGACUCCUAUUGGUCGUAUUAUCUCCAGGUUUGCUAAAGACGUGGACGUCCUGGAUACAUCUCUUCCCCCACAAAUUUCUGAUACCAUCUAUUGCUUGUUUGAGGUGAUAGCUACUCUCUUUGUUAUAAGCUACAGUACACCUAUAUUUAUCGUGGUGAUACUGCCAAUAGGCGCGAUUUAUUAUUUUAUUCAACGUUUUUAUGUUGCAACAUCGCGUCAAUUAAAACGAUUAGAAUCCGUGUCGAGAUCUCCUAUAUAUUCGCAUUUUAGUGAAUCUGUGACUGGUGCACAAAUAAUUAGAGCAUACGGCGUGCAAGAACAAUUUAUCCAUGAAUCUGAAAAUAGAGUAGAUUUUAAUCAAGUGUGUUACUUCCCUAGCAUUAUUGCAAACAGAUGGCUGGCCGUGAGAUUAGAGAUGGUUGGAAACUUAAUUAUAUUCUUCGCAGCUUUGUUUGCUGUUUUAGGUAGAGAUACUAUGAGUUCAGGUCUCGUUGGUCUAUCAGUUAGCUAUGCCUUACAAAUCACCCAGACCUUAAAUUGGCUGGUACGCAUGACGUCCGACGUCGAGACUAACAUCGUCGCGGUAGAGAGAAUAAAGGAGUAUAGCGAGACCGCGCAAGAAGCACCGUGGAAGAACACUGAAUUUACACCUUCGAAAGAGUGGCCUAAGCACGGUCGCGUUGACUUCAAGGACUUCAAAGUUCGCUACAGAGAGGGAUUGGAUCUCGUGCUGAACGGUUUGACGUUCAGCGUUCUCGGCGGCGAGAAGAUCGGCAUAGUAGGCAGAACCGGUGCCGGAAAGUCAUCUAUGACAUUGGCACUUUUCAGAAUAAUUGAAGCAGCACAGGGGAAGAUUUUGAUCGAUGAUAUCGAUAUUUCCAAGCUGGGCCUUCAUGACCUCCGCUCGAGAUUAACCAUCAUUCCUCAGGAUCCCGUAUUAUUCUCUGGAACACUAAGGAUGAAUCUGGAUCCUUUCGAUUGCUACAACGAUGAGGAAGUUUGGAAGGCGUUGGAGCACGCUCAUCUGAAAUUAUUUAUAGAAAAUUUGCCAAACGGUCUUUUACACGAGGUUACUGAAGGCGGAGAGAAUUUAAGCGUAGGACAACGACAAUUGAUCUGUUUAGCAAGAGCAUUACUUAGGAAAACAAAAGUUCUUAUACUGGAUGAGGCAACAGCUGCAGUUGAUUUAGAAACGGACGAUUUAAUUCAGACUACUAUUCGCCAAGAAUUUAAGAAUUGUACAGUUCUCACAAUAGCCCACAGGCUCAACACUAUUUUAGAUUCUGACAGGGUAAUCGUAUUGAACAAAGGUCUGAUCGUCGAAUAUGAUUCUCCGGAAGUGCUUCUUAGCAAUCCAUCUAGCUCUUUCUACAGUAUGGCUAAGGAUGCAGGUCUAGCUGCUUAAGAAAAAAAAAUUCAUAUCAUAUAAUCAUUUUUUAGCGGCUGUACAUUAUUCAUGAGCCAAUGUCGAAAUAAGUGACACAAAGAAAGCCAUAGAACGAAAAAAACGCGCGUAGCCUCAGCAUAGAUUAAUUUGUAUAGUGAAAUAUUUCUACGCAAAAAAAGCAAGAACAUUUAACAUAACCGACGGUGCAAAAACUCUUGUCUCAACAUUAUUGUUGCCAGAUUUUAUCCGAUGACUCUCCGAUUGUAUCGUCGAUUACCAAACUUCAUAUAUUCUAGAAUAAGUUUUGUAGCGAGGUCUUUCAUCACGAAGCAAGCAAUGCGACACAAUUUUAAACUAGCGUCGAUAUCCAAUAUCUAACUUUAACUGGGUAAUCGGGUGGAUUCCUAUCUGAUCAAUAUGUUAUAAUCAAUGACUUAUUUUUCUCGAUGUACUUUACAUUAUUCCUCUAAAAAAAUUUAGCAUUAUAAUUUUAUAAUAAAAUUAAUGCACUUAAUUACAAUUUCAUCACAUUUCUAGAGUAACAAUAUUAAGGGUCGACACGAGUAAAUUUAUAUAUACUUCAUUUGCGAUGUAUAGAUAUAUAUUUGCACUCUAUUAUAUAUUGUAGCGUAGAAGAAAUAUUUUGUCAUGAAAUUUGUUUUUAUUUAUGUUUUACAAAGCUACGAGGCCUGAUAAGAGCGGGAUUUUACAAUUUUAUUCUUAAAAGUAUUAUAAUAAAUAUAAUAAAAUGCUGGCGAUGGAGAUGUAUGUCUCCAUGCUCAUAUUUUA